CACGGCAAGCUGCAGCUCAGUCGAUCUAUCUCUUAGUCAACGCUUAAAGCCAGCCAGCCCGCCCGUCCGUCCCCAUCCCUUAUCUAGUCCUCGGCGUCUAGAUCCUCUUCCUCCCAAGCAUCCCCUCAGCUCUGUUCGUCCGAACCCCGCGAGGACACACACAGACACCAUGUUCUUCUUGGAUUAUCUCAACCAUCGGCGCGACUGCCAGUUCAAGCAGAAUGAGCGCGUCGCUCGCCUCCGUGGCCUCCCCUCGUGCUACCACGCCGCCUUCUCCCCUCUCGACCGCGACAUCGUCACCAAGCCUAUCCAAUCGCUCGUCGAAGAUGUCCACAACGACCCCUCCAAGGCUACGCAGAUCCUGCGCACCUAUGGUAAAGUGGCCGUCAAAGCGCACGAAAAGACCAACUGUGUGACGGAAGUCAUGAUCGAGCCUGCCGAGGGCUGGCUCAAGGACGGCAGCGUCAAUCUCAAGGGGCCCCUGGCCGGCAUUCCGAUCAGCCUGAAGGAUUCCCUCGAGGUGGCCGGGUUCGACACCACGGUGGGUAUCAGCAGCCUGACCGGCAACGCCCAAAAGACCGACGGACCGCAUGUGAAGCUCCUAAAAGAUGCGGGCGCCGUGCCCUAUGUCAAGACGAACAUCCCCAUCACGCUCCUCAGCUUCGAGUCGACCAACGAAGUCUGGGGCCAGUGCACAAACCCCUACAACGAAAAGUACACACCGGGUGGCUCGACAGGUGGCGAGGGUGCGCUGCUCGCCCUGGGUGGUCGACUGGGUGUCGGCAGCGAUGUGGCGGGCAGCGUGCGUGUCCCCGCGCACUGGAGCGGCAUCUACUCUCUUCGCUGCUCGACAGGACGAUGGCCCAAGAGUGGUGCUCUCACACCGAUGCCGGGGCAAGACGGCGUGCCUUCGGUCCUGAGCCCAAUGACCCGAACACUCAACGAUCUAGUGUACUUUACUCGGUCGAUUGUGCAAAUGGAGCCGUGGAAAUACUGCUACACGUGCCACCCGCUUGCCUGGCGAUCAGAUGUUGAGAAGGCGUACAAGGAGAAGAAGGUGCUCAAGGUGGGCAUCAUGAGGACGGACAAUGUCGUCGAUCCUUCACCGGCAUGUCAGCGGGCCCUGGAGAUGACAGAGGCUGCCUUGAGGCGGGCAGGGCACGAAAUCAAGGAAAUUUCACCUCCCGAUCCGUACGAAGGUCUCCAGGCUGCCUCUAUCCUGCUGAACAACGACGGCGUGAGGACGGCGACUGACUGCAUGCGCUGGGGCGAGUGGAACGACAAGGGCGUCGCGCAGAUGCUAUUCUACAUGAGGCUGCCCCGUCCGAUCAAGUACCUGCACUACCUGUGGGUCAAGUACGUCCGGCGGGAUCCCGUCUGGGCGGGCUUGCUGCGAGACUGGCAUCCCAAGAGUGCCUACGAGGUCUGGGGGCUGAACGCGAGACGUGAGGCGUACAAGCGCAGGUGGUUCGAGUGGUGGAAUGCAGUGGGUGUGGACUUUAUCAUCGCGCCACCAAAUGCCACGCCAGCAGUACCGCACGGCGGUAUGCAUGAUGCCGUGAGCAGCUGUGGAUAUACCUUCUUGUUCAACCUGCUUGACUAUACCGCCGGAAUCAUCCCUGUCACCCACGUUGAUCGGGUGAAGGAUGCCUUGAGCCCUCACUUCAACAUCAAGAAGCUGAACGGUGUGGCACAAGGAGCAUACAAGCUGUAUGAUGCGGAUGCGAUGCACGGGCUGCCGGUGGGUGUGCAGGUAAUUGGUCGGAGACUGGAGGAGGAGAAGGUGCUGGCUUGUAUGGAGAGGGUAGAAGAGGCCUUGGGAGAUGAGAAGUUCAGACUGUUGGAGCUAGAUUGAGCUGUUGGUCCUAGUGGCGCGCAACCUGGAUACUACCACAGGUAGAAGCGCCUGACACCGAGCAAAUGAUGACAUGUGAAUUUCGUUACAGAGUCGUUGAAGAGGCUGACUUCUGUUGACUGAACGAUCGGCACAUUUUGCAGAGGCCUAUACUUAUUGUACUGCCGA